CCCUCCUUCAAUCGAGGACCUCCAGAUCCUGAUCAAAAUUCUGCAUGCAAUGAGGGAUGACAGCGACAAGGUGCCAGGUCUCCUAACAGACUACAUUCUCAAAGACCACCAUGGAACGUGUGCGACGUAUCCGCUUGGUGUUGUGCCUUCUCAUGCUGACACAGUACACGGGCCAGCAGACAGCAGAAAAGAGAAAAAAUCCAAAGAAAGACUCCAUCAGUGCUGCCAUUGAGGAACUGAAGCAACAAAUUCAAGACAUUGUUGAUGACCUCAACUUGUUAAAAGAGCAACAAUCUUUGCAGUCAAUGUGUCUGCGAGGAACCAAGGUCCUCGGCAAGUGUUUCCUCGCCGACCCGGUCAAGAAGACAUUCCAUGCGGCCAGUGACGACUGCAUCGCCAAGGGGGGCAGCCUGAGCACCCCGCUGACAGGGGACGAGAACGACCAGCUGUACGUCUACGUGCGUCAGAGCAUCAGCCCGGAGGAGCCCAUCUGGCUGGGCAUCAACGACAUGGUGACCGAGGGCCAGUGGCUGGACAUGUCCGGGUCCAAUCUACGCUUCAAGAACUGGGAGACGGAGAUCACCAUGCAGCCGGACGGGGGACGCAGCCAGAACUGCGGUAUGCUGUCCACCAGGUCCAACGGGAAGUGGUUUGAUGAGAACUGUCGAGGUGAAAAGGCUUCGGUUUGUGAGUUCAACAUUGUGUGAGAGAAUAAUACCUUACUUGGAGGUACACGUUGGUACUGCAGUUCUUCAGUACUCUUUUCACAGUAUUUGAUAUUUACUAUCUAAGUAGAAAAUGAAAUGUACAGUAAAUGAUGGCUGCUUUAUCUACCAAGUAAGAAGGUACUGCACGGUUUCAAUGUAAACAAAACAAUUUUGUCACCACUCGAUCGGCAUUAUGAACACACAAAACUAGUAGUCAAGGAGUAAAACUACAGGUAAAGGCUAGUAUUCAGAUCCAAGAUUACAAGGAUUUCAACAAUCAGAAAGGGUAUUGCGCAAAGUGCAAAUCUCACAUCAACAAAGCGAGUCCUGGAUCAGAUUUUUCAGUGCCGAAUCCAACCCGGCCACAUGUUUCUAACCUCCAAAGCUAAUGACCUCAUAAGUGUUUAUUCACCCAGAGGACACUUAGUACAUCACAUCAGCAUAUUCUGACUAAUUCUGUGUUCAGUUCUCUUUCUCCAUUGCUUAAUGACAGUUUUUUUAAUGAUUUUGCAUUUAUCAAAUUGUAUAAUUCCGCUUUUUACUUAAAGGCUGCAACACUACACUUAAUAGAACGUAAUGGAUGCCAUAUUCAGGUGUCCCCAACCACCGGAGAAUAAUGAAAAAAACACACUUGUAAAUAACUACAAUUUUAUGUAAAUGUAUAUCAAUUUUGGAAACAUUAAAAAAUAAUAAUAUAAAGUUACAAAUUCCAUUGUUUUUGCAUG